AUGGUGACGCCGAGCGCCACACAUCCGACAGUGGUUCUUGACGGCUCAAUGGUGCUGAAGAUAACAGAGUAUGCAGAAAUGCUGUGGGCGCUGGCUCUGAUGCCGAUGAUUCGAUGUUCGCCUCCAGAAAUGCGGUUGAUGAACGACCUCUUGGCUGGAUAUGUUCGUGAGGAACGGCCAGUGUUGGACAGCUCAAAGCCAGUUGUCGUCACGCUUGGCAUAGCUAUGCAACAAAUUAUCAAUCUGGUACGGUAA